UUUGGCGCAUGCUCCGUACCUAGGGCAGGUUUUUGUGCUGCGGGUAGCAGGGCUCCAGUCACACCGGCUGGCGGGUUGUGGCGGUGCCAGCCCGCGGGAGCGAGUGUGCGCGCGUUGCCUGCGCCUGGGCGGGCAGACCCGGAGCAGUAGUGCGGUUCGCCCGGGAGGCGGCUCCGCAGAGGCGUCUUGCUCGCCGGCGCCCAGGGGCCGCUUUGCAAACUUGCGGCGGGCUCCGGGCACCCGGGCACCGGCGGGCGAAGGCGCGGGGCGCGGUGCACACGGAGGGCUGGCGCUGCGGGAGCCGGGCCGCGCCUUUGCCCUUGGCCCGCGCCUGGGCGAGCUUCAUGCAGCUCCCCUGCUCGCCGCUGCAGCUGCCCCGGGCAGGUGCGGGACCCGAACCCGGCGCCCCUGCGUCUGAGCGUCUGCCGGCCGGCGGCGGGUUGCUCCGCGUCGCCUGAGAGCCGCGCGCCCGGGCGCAAGAGGAGCCGGCUCGAGCCGGGCGCCCCGGGGAUCCCGAGGAGCCCUACGCCGCCGCCGGCGCCCGUCUUCCCGGCUCCGCUCGCUCGUAGGCCCCGGCUGCGCCAGCCCCGGAGUGCGGCGGGGCAGCCAGCCAGCCAGCCGCGCUCCUCGGCGGCAGGGGCAUGGAGGAGCGGCGGGCUCGGAGCCGCGCCCCGGAGUCCCCGAAACUUCCGAGCGGGCGCCCUGCCGCGCCGCUGCCGCCGCCGCCGCCCCACCUGCCGGCCUGAGAGCGGGACCAUGGAUGAAAGAUUCAACAAGUGGCUGCUGACGCCGGUGCUCACUCUCCUCUUCGUGGUCAUCAUGUACCAGUACGUGUCCCCUUCCUGCACCAGCUCCUGCGGCAACUUCGGGGAGCAGCCCCGCGUCGGGGAGACCCGCCCGCCCGCCGCCCCGAGUCCUGCCCGCCGGGCACAGCCGCCCCCCGAUGAGUGGGAGCGGCGGCCCCAGCUGCCCCCGCCACCCCGGGGACCGCCCGAGGCUCCUCAAGGGCUCGCGGCUCCGGAGGAUGAGGACGAGGACCCGGGGGACCCCGGGGAGGAAGAAGAGGAGGAGGAGGAGGCGGACCCCGAGGCGCCCGAAAACGGCUCCCUGCCCCGGUUCGUGCCGCGCUUCAACUUCACCCUGAAGGACCUGACCCGCUUCGUGGACUUUAACAUCAAAGAGCGCGACGUGAUAGUGUUCCUGCACAUCCAGAAGACCGGCGGCACCACGUUCGGCAGGCACCUGGUGAAGAACAUACGCCUGGAGCAGCCAUGCAGCUGCAAAGCUGGCCAGAAAAAGUGCACCUGCCACCGGCCCGGCAAGAAGGAGACCUGGCUCUUUUCCCGGUUCUCCACCGGCUGGAGCUGCGGGCUGCACGCCGACUGGACCGAGCUCACCAACUGCGUGCCGGCCAUCAUGGAGAAGAAGGAUUGUCCCCGGAACCACAGCCACGCCAGGAAUUUCUACUACAUCACGAUGUUGCGGGACCCAGUGUCACGUUACCUGAGUGAAUGGAAACAUGUCCAGAGAGGGGCCACAUGGAAGACCUCUCUCCAUAUGUGUGAUGGAAGGAGCCCCACCCCAGAUGAGCUGCCUACCUGCUACUCAGGGGAUGAUUGGUCUGGGGUCAGCUUGCGGGAGUUCAUGGAUUGCAGCUACAACUUGGCCAACAACCGUCAGGUGCGCAUGCUGGCUGACCUCAGCCUGGUGGGCUGCUACAACUUGACUUUCAUGAAUGAGAGCGAGCGCAGCGCCAUUCUGCUGCAGAGCGCUAAGAACAACCUGAAGAACAUGGCCUUUUUCGGGCUCACUGAAUUCCAGAGGAAGACGCAGUUUCUCUUUGAGAGGACAUUCAACCUGAAGUUCAUCUCCCCUUUCACACAGUUCAACAUCACACGGGCCUCCAACGUGGACAUCAGUGAGGGAGCCCGUGAGCGCAUCGAGGAGCUGAACUUCCUGGACGUGCAGCUCUAUGAAUAUGCAAAAGAUCUCUUCCAGCAGCGCUACCACCACACCAAGCAGCUGGAGCACCAGAGGGACCGCCAGAAGCGGCGUGAGGAGCGAAGGCUGCAGCGGGAACACAGAGCACAUCGCUGGCCCAAAGAGCAUGGGGCCGCAGAGGGGACUGUCACGGAGGACUACAACAGCCAGGUGGUCAGAUGGUGAUCCUCGCUCC